CUACCAACAGCCGUUCACCAGGAACACAAAACGUCGGGCCGGGCCGGGUUAACCGUGGCUGCAGCGGAAACAAGCGAGUACUGGUCACCAGCAGCGCUUUCAAAAAAAGAGGAAACAAGCUCAGAAGGAUUUUAGAGAGAAAGAUACUAUGAGAGGAUUGAUCGUCUUAAUUGUUACGGUAGCCAGCUGCAGAGCCGGUUUCCUCGGCGCACCACCCUCUUUCGUCGAGCCCCAGGUCCACCCUCAGCCAGGACCUCAAAGGUUCGCGCCUCCAGCACCGGUUGGCCAAGAUGGGAACGUGAUCGACACGCCAGAAGUCGCUCAAGCGAAGGCUGCACACUUUGCGGAAUUCGCCAGAGCAGUGGCUAGAGCGGCGGAAGAGAGCGAGAAUCAACCCCAAUCGUCUGAAUACGGUCAAGUACCGACCCAGCCGCAUAUCGUUCCCGCGUCGCUACCUAUACAAUCCAUUUGCAAAAGGCAGAAUUGUCAGCCUCCUGCGCCGAACUAUCAUCAACCUGCCCCAGUUCCAGCACCACCGCAUAACCCCUACCAGUCAUAUUAUACCGGAAACACGAACCUCAUUGGCCAACAAAGUUUCUCUCCGAAUGUGAAAGCCGCUAGGUUUGUUCCAGCGCCUCUAGCUGAGGAUGGAACCGUAAUCGAUACGCCGGAAGUGGCUGCUCUUAAGGCCGCCAGGUUGGCGGAACUGGCCGAGGCCGAAGCAAGGGCGUAUAAAUUCGCGCAGGAAUACAAACCGGAAGUGCAAGGCCAAGUUUAUGCUGGUCCAGCAGCUCCAGCUCCAUACAACGCUCAAUAUGGUGCUCCUGCUGCACAAGUAUUUCCUGGCGCAGUACCUUCAUAUCCUGCUCAAGGUCAACAUACGUUCGGCACGCCUGCUUUCCAAUCCCAGAACUACCAAUCGUAACAAUUCGGUGCUUACUAAAUUCAUAAUCACGACGUAUCUGUACAUAAUUUAGGCAAAUAAAUUACUUCC